CUUCAAUAGGAGUGUACACAACACACAAACAUAAUAUUUACAUAAAUACAUGAUACAAUUUCGGAUUACAGUGGCGUAAUAUUUCAAUUUCGGUAACUUUUGUAAUUUUAUACUCUGAUCUGGCAUGUCUAGCCAACAGUCUGCAGUGAACACAAAGAGAUGGGCCCUCAUCGCAGCCGGUCUGGGAUUGUUUUACGUCCUGGUGCGUCACAGGCAAUCUAUGUUGGGCCUGUUGCGUGGCAAGUUGUUUGUUGGCAGUUAUCAGUCGCUGCAGCACAAACGCAUCGAGGUCAUUAGCUCCAUUCAUGAAUCACAGCGCAUAUUGAACGAGCUUAAAAAACACUGUCAGUCAUUCAAAGUGCUGGGAUUUGACUGCGAAUGGAUCACAGUGGGUGGAAGCCGCAGGCCCGUGGCCUUGCUGCAGCUGAGCUCUCAUCGGGGCCUCUGUGCGCUGUUCCGACUGUGUUGCAUGAAGCAGAUACCCAAGGAUCUGCGUGAACUGCUCGAGGAUGAUGAAGUCAUCAAGGUGGGAGUGGCUCCACAGGACGAUGCCAAGAAACUAUCGCAUGACUACGGUGUCGGCGUAUCCAACACUUUCGACUUACGUUUCAUGGCCAUAAUGGCCGGCCAUCAGGCGGAGGGAUUGGGCAAACUGGCAAAGACUCAUCUUAACUUUGUGCUGGACAAAAACUGGCGUCUUGCCUGCUCCAACUGGGAAGCUACGCAGCUGGAUUCAGCGCAGUUAAACUAUGCUGCCAAUGAUGCACUCGCCGCGGUCGCAAUUUUUCAGAAGCUAUCGAGAGAUCUGGAGCCCAGAAGCUUUUUGAAUUGGCGUCCCAUAGAAUUCAAUCAGAUACGACCAAAAAUUGAACCUUUUCUCGACGUGGACUUUACAAGAGGUUACGCCGCCGGCAUAUCAAAUAAAAGUGUUUCCGUUUCCUCCUCACACCCGAUGACAACCAAAGUCAAACAAGAAAAGACUCUGUCAAAAAAGAAACAACAAUGUCGUAAUCUUGGCACUCAGUCCAAAGUAUUUUAUGACAACUGCCUUCUGGAGGCGCCCGACGGCGAGCUGCUCUGCACGAUUGAUCGCCGCAAAGCCUCCUGGUACCUCAAUCAAAAUCUGGGAGCUCAGAUCAGCGAACAUCCGUUCACAGUCCGUCUAAACUUUGAGCCUGCGGGUCGAGCAGUCGGCGAUGUUGGCCGUUAUUAUCAGACGCCCAAGGAGAAUCAGUGUGUGGUCUGUGGCCGUCGGGAUGCCUACAUACGAAAGAAUGUGGUGCCUCGCGAGUACCGAAAACACUUUCCCGUGGUCAUGAAAUCGCAUACAUCUCACGACAUCCUGUUGCUAUGCCCCAACUGCCAUCAACUGAGCAACAUAUCGGAUAAUAAGAUCCGCAAUAGACUGGCUGUCUCCUGUGACGCCCCCUUUAAGCACAGAGACGGCAUGGUCAAGUACCAUGAUGACCAGCAGCUGAGGAGCGUCAAAUCAGCUGGCAAAGCUCUUAUGCAACAGAAUGAUCGUAUUCCAUCCGAGAAAGUGGCCCAAAUGCAGAAAACCAUUUUGGACUACUACGCGGAGGAGAAACAAAUCACAGAGGAGCUGCUGAAAAGGGCAGCCGACAUAGACUGCAAAGUGGAGAAUGAAGACUUCUGCCAGCAUGGCAAAAAGGUGGUCGACAUGUAUCGAGAUAAGUUCGGUGGCCUGAUUGAGCUGGAACGCAUUUGGCGGGAGCAUUUCUUAAACACAAUGCAGCCCAAGUUUCUACCUGAACUCUGGAAUGUGAAUCACAAUGCGGACCGCUUGGAGGUGCGGGCGAGUGAGGGACGCGUCGACAAUGCAGAUUUGGUUGUGGCAGGUCUGGAAUCAGUUGUGAAUUGCAGUGACAUAAGUAAAACCUAGCAGUGUUUUUGUCUGUUCUUUCGUAAUAUAUUUUAUACUUGUUUAAUUAAAAUAAAUGUAUUGGCAUUUGAAUUUGCUACGUAUAUAA